AUGGAGGAAAUGGAAGCCAAGUUCUGCAGCAGUGACAAAGAGGAAGCUUUCAAGAGAGAGCUACCAUAUUGCACAGGGGAAAUAGACUUCACAGCUUCUGGGAAGAAACGUGGAAAGUUUAUCAAGGUCCUGAGUACCAUCGAUCCUGGCAUUAUAUUCAAGGUGCUGCUCAACAAAUGGAAGCUCCCUGCUCCCAAUUUGGUUGUCUCUUUAGUAGGGGAAGAAGAAGACUUCCAGAUGAAGCCUUGGCUCCGGGACACCUUAAAAAAAGGACUUAUAAAGGCAGCUCAAAGCACAGGUGCCUGGAUCUUUACCAGCGCCCUGCGUGUGGGAAUCGCCAGACACUUGGUGCAAGCAGUCCGAGAUCAUGCCCUGGCCAGCUCCUCCUCUGAAGUCAGAGUGAUUGCCAUAGGAAUAACUUCACUCCAAAAAAUCCAGCACAGAGGCAUUCUGGACAGCACCAAGAAUGAAAGCCUUGUACACUACCCAUCAGAUGACAAUAUUCAAGGCCCACUGUACUCCCUGGACCACAGCCAUUCCCAUUUUAUUUUGGUGGAUCAUAGAUCACCAGAUGAGGCAGAUGGAACCACUAAGCUACGUGGCGCCUUGGAAAAGUAUAUUUCAGUGCAGCGUACUGGCUAUGGCGGCACUGGCAGCAUUGAGAUCCCUGUGCUCUGCUUACUGGUAAAUGGAGGGCCAGGCACACUUCAGAGAAUGUGCAGCGGCUUGGAAAACUCUGCUCCCUGGCUUAUCUUAGCAGGGUCUGGAGGCACAGCUGACAUCUUGGCAGCCUUCCUGAGUGACCCACAGCUUAUCACCCCAGAAGCUGUUGAAAAGCAAUUUAAGGAAAAGUUCCCUGCAGAAAGCUUCUCACGGAAGGACCUUCUCCAGCGGACAGCAACAAUCCAGAACAUUGUUUCACAACAGCAUCUUAUAACUCUGCACAACUUUGAGCAAGACGGCUCAGAAGAACUAGACACAGUCAUUUUAAAAGCUUUAGUCAAAGCCUGCAAAAGUCACAGUCAGAAGGCUCAGGAGUACCUGGAUGAACUGAAGCUGGCAGUGGCCUGGAACAGAGUGGACAUAGCUAAAAGUGAAAUAUUCAAUGGUGACGUGGAGUGGAAGUCCUGUGACCUGGAGGAAGUGAUGAUGGAUGCUCUGGUCAAUGACAAACCAGAAUUUGUGAAGUUAUUUGUGGACAAUGGGGCUAACAUGCCUGAAUUCCUGACAUACAGUCGUCUGCAGAGACUUUACUGUUCCAUUUCCCAGAAGUGCCUCCUCUAUGAACUUCUGCUGAAGAAAAGUGAAGAGAGCAAGCAGACCUCGGCAGGUCAACAGCAGAAGGGGCAGGAGAACCUCUCAUGCUUCACUCUCAGAGAGGUCUCCAAAGUCCUCAAGGAUUUUCUCCAUGAUGCAGGCAAUGGUUUCUAUCAAGACUCCAUGCAUGGAGGCAAGAAGAAAUCUGAGAAAAUGACCACAAAGCAAUCACCUGAGUCCUUGGACAUGAACCAGAAAAGUGAAAAUCCUUGGAGGGAUUUGUUUGUAUGGGCAGUACUUCAAAACCGGCACAAGAUGGCAAACUACUUCUGGGCUAUGGGUCAGGAGGGUGUAGCUUCAGCUCUGGCAGCCUGCAAGAUCCUUAAAGAGAUGUCCCGCCUGGAGACAGAGACCAGAGUGGCACAGAUCAUGAAAGAGGCCAAGUACGAGCAGCUGGCUGUGGAACUGUUCAGUGAAUGCUACCACAACAGCAAGGAGAGAGCGUUUGCUCUGUUGGUGAGGAAAAAUCAGUACUGGAGCAAAACCACAUGCCUUCAGCUGGCUGCUGAGGCAGAUGCAAAGUCUUUCUUUGCACAUGAUGGUGUCCAGGCCUUCCUGACAAAAAUAUGGUGGGGAGACAUGGCCACAAGCACAAAGAUCCUGAAGUUAGUCUGUGGCUUCUGGUGUCCCUUCCUCAUCUACACCAAUUUAAUAACAUUCAGCGAGGAAAAACACUCGAAGAAUGAACCAGAGCCAUUCAGAGAGCUGGACAGUUUAGAUACAGAGAGGACUCUCUUUUUCCCCAAGGAAGAAGAUAGAGGAAAUGUGAAAUUGGAAACACAGAACCCUUCUGCAAACACAGCGUGGGCUACAUUCCUGUUUACUCGGUGGAGAAAAUUCUGGAGUGCCCCUGUAACUGUAUUUAUGGGGAAUGUGAUAAUGUACUUUGCUUUUCUGUUUCUAUUUACAUAUGUCCUGCUACUGGACUUUAAACCACCUCCACCCAAGGGCCCAUCUGCUAAAGAAAUUAUACUUUACUUCUGGGUUUUCACCAUUGUCUUGGAUGAAAUCCGACAGAGUACCUACAGAGAUGAAGACACCAAUUUAGGGAAAAAAUUUAAACUCUAUGUGGAAGAUAAUUGGAAUAAAUGUGAUAUGGUUGCCAUCUUCCUCUUCAUAAUUGGGGUAACCUGCAGGAUGCUGAACUCGACUUUUCAAGCUGGCCGUACAAUCCUUGCCCUUGACUUUAUGGUGUUCACUCUCAGACUCAUACAUAUCUUUGCAAUUCACAAACAGCUGGGACCAAAGAUCAUCAUUGUGGAAAGGAUGAUGAAAGAUGUUUUCUUCUUUCUCUUCUUCCUGAGUGUGUGGCUCAUUGCCUACGGCGUGACAACUCAAGCGCUGCUUCAUCCCGACGACAGCCGAGUGGAAUGGAUAUUCAGAAGGGUGCUCUAUCGUCCCUACCUCCAGAUAUUUGGCCAGAUUCCACUGGAUGAAAUAGACACCUCACGAAUGUAUCCCAGGAAUUGCACAUUGGAUCCACUGCAGACUCUGCAGGAGAACUCAGAAGCAUGCCCCAACAGCUAUGCCAACUGGCUCGUCAUACUUCUCUUGGUCAUCUUCCUACUAGUCACAAAUGUUCUCCUUUUGAACCUCCUGAUUGCUAUGUUCAGUUACACCUUUCAAGUUGUUCAGGGCAAUGCAGACAUCUUCUGGAAGGUUCAGCGCUACAACCUGAUUGUGGAGUAUCACAGCCGGCCUGCCUUAGCACCACCCUUUAUCAUCAUUAAUCACCUAACUCUGGUCCUCAGGAGGAUCUUCAACAGAGUGGAACAGAAAAAUGAACACUGGGAAAGAGAUCUUCCAGUUGGCCUGGAUCAAAAAAUCAUAACAUGGGAGCUGGUGCAAAAAGAGAAUUAUCUUGUAAACCUUGAACAGGAAAGGAAAGAAAGCCAUGAGGAAAGGCUGAAGGCCACAUCCAAUAAGGUGGAUCAUCUGUCCAAAUACUUUGGUGGACUGAAAGACCACGAAAAGAGAUUUAAAGCUAUGGAAGCCCAGAUUCACUACUGUGCAGCUGUUAUCUCCUCCAUAGCAGAGGUUUUGGCCAAAUCCAACCUCUUGUACAACCAACCCGCUCCAACCUACCCAGGUGCCACGAAUGCCAGCGUGGAAGUGCCUUUGCCAGAGAGAAGUGGAAGAGAAGCUCGAGCAGAUCAGGCUGAGCCUGAUCUCCUGUUCAUUGACAAUUAA